CUGUCACAGGCUCGUCGAACAGCUGCAGGCACAGCGGACAGGACAGCUCCUGGUGCAGGAGGCCGGGUGCAGCCGACAUUGCGGGCCUGGCAUGAGGAAUCUUAGCUCCUGACCGGGAAUCGAACCCGUGGCCUGUGCAUUGGAAGUGUGGAGUCUUAACCACUGGACCACCAGGGAAGCCCCCCUCAAAGUCUUCUUACUCCAACUUUUUGGCAAGUAUUACAAGAUAUUGAAUAUAGUUCUCUGUGCGAUACACCUGAAAUCACUGCAGGAGUGAGGCUUCCACUGCUAGUAGAGGACGCUCCUGCACUUCCAGCCCCUUGUCCCUUGGCUCCCUGUGACAUCACACCGAAGUGCUAGCGUGUGCUCUGAGGCAUGUCAGGCGAAAAAUCACAGCCAGAUCUUCUGUGUCUCAGUCUGAAUGUGUGUGAGCAAGAAUGAGACUGAGCCAGGCGCCAGGGGCAAAGCUGGGCCCAAGAGGAAGGGCCCUGGGUGGUGAUAAGCAGGAACAAGGGAAGGGGCACCGUGUCACACCACGACACAUCCUCAGCUCCCCUGCUUCCAGGAAGCCAGGUGUGAGGAGGAGACCACCUUCUCCUCGUCAUGACACACACUCCCCAAGGUGCCGUUUCCUGCAGCCCCCAAAGUUCCAUUGAGAUGUGUUACGUUGGUUUUACGUAAAGCCAAGGCCACCCCAUCCAAACAAGAAUGCAAGAGAUGCGGUCAAAUGGCCAUAUGUAUGGCCAAGGGGAUCCCUGCUCUUUUGCAGGGGUGUGGUUUGAAUCAGGCAAUCGCUUUUUAAAUUCCAUGGAUCAAACACCCACGGCUUCUAAGAUUCCAACAAAUGUGAAAAGAGCAGGUUUCUAUGAUUCUAGAUUCUAGGAUUCUUUUGUCAUUUCAUGAAAGCUUAUCAAGGCUGGAUCUGUGCCAAGCCCUGUGCUGGGUGCUGAGGACCUGAAAGGGUCCUCGGUCUGGUGAGGAAAGCAGAGUGACCAGACAAGACACACUGUGUGAUAAACACUGUGAGAAAGGCAUCAUAGGGGCAUCUAGCUGACAUGGCCAAGGAAUAAUUCAUUUUGCACAGAGAGGACAGAAAAGCCAACUGGGAAGAGUAGACAGCGGCCAGACUCAGAAGCUAACCAGACAACCUGCAUGAUCCCUCAGCUAUAUGACCUUGGGCAAGUCCUUCAACCUCUCGGAGCCUCAAUCUUCUCACUUGUACAAUAGGGCUACUAUUCCCUAUCCCAAAGGGACUGUUGUAAGGGUUAGAAAUAACGCAUGUGAAGGAUCACAGCCUAUACACAGGGGCUCAGUUUUUGUAUUUCUUAGAGAAAGUGACUCCUGAUGCAUGUUGGAGGACAGGCAGAAGCUCAUCAAGCAGUCCAGGAGGGAAGAGAGGCCAAGCAGAGAGCAGGUGCUGCACGUGCAGAGGUCCAGAGGCUCACAGGGUAGAAGGUGCUGCCGAGGAAGUUGGCAAGGGACUUAAAGGCCAAUCCAAGGAGCUUAGACUUGAUUCUGGGGGCACUGAGGGGUCAUAGGAGGUUUUCAAGCAGGGGAGGGACAGCAUCAAUGUGUGCGCUAGGAAGAUGUAGCCUUCUGGCCACAGAGCACAAAAUGACAUGGAGAUUCUGCCAGGACGAAGACCAGUGAAGAGGCACAAUAAUAAACAGCCAUAAGCCAGGCAACACUAGCCGCUGGGUCACAAGUGCCACCCAUGGUAAGGAUGUUGGCACACAGUACUACCCAGCCUGUGUGGAGCAACACGCACACAGGUGGGGAGCAGGGCCCUGCUACUCUGCUGGAAGCUUUUGAACACAUGUUGCAGGCUACACAGCCUCAGUCAUUCCUUCAUUCAGCAAAUCUUCACUGAGUACCUACUAUGUCCCAGGCACUCUUGAUGCUGGAGAUUCAGCAAUGAACCAGACAAGGUCCCUGCCCUCAUAGAGCUCAUGUUUUGGUGGGGAGGUGGGUGCCUAAACAUACUCAGUUACAAUUUAGUCACAAUUGCUAUGAGAGCUACAAAUCAGUAGCAAGUUUUGAACUGGAGGGAUUCUAAACCUGGUUUCCCAGAGGAAGUAGCGUUUAACUUAAGACCUAAAGUCUUGAGAGUUUGUCAGGCAAAGAGUGAGGGAAGAGAGCUCCAGCUUGAGGGAAUAGCAUGUGCAAAGACUUGGAGAAGCAAAGGAGCCUGGCACAUUUGAGAAACUGAGAGGCCAGUGUGGUUGGAACUCAGAGAUGGAGUGUGGUCAGGGUGUGGUGCAAGACAAGGCUGGUGAGGUCCACAGGGGCAGAACAGCAGGGCCUUCCCAGCCAUGUUAAGGGCAAGUUAAGGAUUCUGGGCACAGCUUGGCCUCCAAUGCCAACCCACGCCAUCCCACUCCAACCUACACCAACCCAAGCCACCUUUCAUCUGCUCUUCUGGAUCAAGCCCCCUGACCCCAGAAUAGCUCUCUUCCCAUGAUUUUCCCUCCAGUCAAGAAUUUUCUCAACCAUUGCAAGUGUCUCUUAUCAUCACUUCCCAAGAAAUUCAGUUCCUGGGGGACCAAAUCCUGGCUCUCCCAGGAAGCAUUUGGCAAGGUUUCAGGCACCAUCAGGUAGCCCAUGUUAUGCUGGAAUAUUUACUAAGUGAAUGAGUGUUAUUAUCCCCAUUUCAUGGAUAAGGAAACUGAGGCUUGGAGAGAGAAAGCACACAACGUUAUCUCUACCCAUGGAAUUUGGGGAGCUACAUGGCUGUUAGGAUUCUAUGAUUCUGAUCCUAUGAUCGGGAGAGAGGAUGCUAAGGUUUAAGGAAACAUGGAGAUUUCAGGGUUCCAAAAUUCCACGAUUCUUAAGCCUUAGCGCUCCCAUAAACCAGGUUCCUGAUCUGUGCUACCUAGUCCAAGCCUGGAGAGGCAGGCACCAUCCAUGAGCCCUUUUCCACCGGGUCUCCUGGGUCCCGCCUCAUAGACCCGCCAAAGGAUGCAAACUGGGCGCCCCCCGAUGGCCGGGAGAGAAAGGGAAGGAACGCAUUAGUCAGGAGCCUAACACCCAAGGGCAACGUUCUGAGGCAGGGACAGGAGUGAAGGCGGGGAGUUCCAGGUCCCGCCCCAGAGCAGACUUCCUGCUUGGCAGACAGCCCGAGUGAGCUGAAGCGGCGGCCGCGGCAGGGGACCCCAGGAGCCAUGGGGUGCACGCGUGAUGCCAUCCUGGAUGCGCUGGAGAACCUGACCGCUGACGAGUUCAAGAAGUUCAAGAUGAAACUGCUUUCAGUGCCACUGCGCGAAGGCUACGGACGCAUCCCACGGGGGACGCUGCUGCCCAUGGAUGCUAUGGACCUCACCGACAAGCUCGUCAGCUACUACCUGGAGGCGUACGGUGCCGAGCUCACGGUACUCGUGCUGCGCAACAUCGGCAUGCAGGAGGUGGCGGAUCAGCUGCAGGAGACCUUGCGCAAGGGCCCCGGAACCACGCCGGCCGGGAUCAAGGCCCCUCCCCAGACAGCAGCCAAGCCAGCACUGCACUUUGUGGACCAGCAUCGGGCGGCCCUCAUUGCACGGGUCACAGACGUGGAUGGGGUGCUGGACGCCCUGUACGGGAAGGUCCUGACAGAGGAGCAGUACCAGACUGUGCGGGCGGAGUGCACCAAUCCUACCAAGAUGAGGAAGCUCUUCAGCUUUGCUCCAGCCUGGAACCUGACCUGCAAGGAUCUGCUCCUCCAGGCCCUGAGGGACACCCAGCCCUACCUGGUAGUCGACCUGGAGCAGAGCUGAGGCAUCUUCCCCAGCAGCGGUCCCACAGACAACCCCUGGCAGUUCCAGCCAACUUACCUGGAAUCUCUGAUUUUUUUUAUAUACAUAAUAUAUGAAAAACCAGCUUGUACUUAGUGUGUUUUCCUACUUCCAGCCUGGAAGCUCAUGCAGAGCUGAGCUACAUAUCCAAGCGCCACAGCAGCUCAGAGGAAGCUCUAGUUUCCGCCUGUUCCUCGGGCAGCAGGCUCCCCAAACACUUCAUCCUUCCUGCCUCAGUCACCAUGGAAUGGUUCCUCACUCACCACUUGGUGGCUCCCUUAAUGCCACCCCAGAGGGUCUGCCCUUGAGACCUGUGAACACAAGUUAGCCUUGUGGCCAAGGUCUAAAAAUUAAAAUAGAAAUA